AUGCUCGGUAACUCACAAGGCGAUACGGCGGAGUUUGGAAGUUGCCCGGGGAGGAACUUUUCUUCCCUCCUGCGCUACCCACCGCUUGCCCUGUAUGUUGUAUCGAUAGGACUCGUGGCGUAUCUUAUAGGAUGGGGUCCUGGCGAGGGUACGGUGGUGAAUGCCGUCAGUGGCUCAGCAGUGGCGUGUUUUGUUGUUGCACGAACUCUACGUGGCGUGCUUCAUUUUCUGUGGCGGGAGCGUGGUCGCAUCACAUUCGGCCGUGUGACCAGGUGCACGAGGUCGCGAGCACCCACUGGGUUGAAAAGCACCGGCGCCAUUCACAUGUCGUUAGCGGACGCGGCGUUGCUCCCGCUCUGCACGUUGGUGUCAACUUUUCACAAAAACAGUGUCGUUUCGUACCUUGCAGAUGUGCUUUACCCCUCCGGCAUCAAAUAUACUCUGGUUUAUCAUUUUGCCUGGGUGUUCGGUAUGGUGCUGACGGCUGGAUGUUGGAACGUUCUGCUUCCACUUGAAGAAGGUAGGUUGAUGCCACUGGAAAAGAUAAAAUCAUUCCUUUACCACGGAGCCUUCACCUUGUCUGCAUGGCUGCUAGUCCCGACGCUUACGUUUUUGAGCAGUGCACUCCCAUGUAGUGGAAGCAAAAUGACGCUUCUAUUUAACGAAAGGUGUUUGUCUUCUCGACACCGCAGGUACGUUGCAGAAGGAUACUUAGGUCUUGUGCUUCAUGCUCUCGUUGUGGAUGGGAUAAUAGGUUCACUGUCAACCCUCGGGGGCUGGUGUGUUAAUUUGCAACUCUGUGAUGAGUAUCUGCUGCAGCUCACGAUGGCUCACCGCUUAAUUUACGUGUACGGCGCCGUGUUCAUUGGUGGUCCCUUUUGGUCCGGCUUCUGUGCAUUGUUUUCUGCCUCCCUACUGUUCAAGAUGAGAGGGUCAUUUUUCUCGUCAUGUCGACUACUGCAAUAUGUAGCGGAAGCAUCAUUGGAACUCUGCGUGCUGAGUUCACUUUGCUGCAUGAUUGAGCCCCUCACUCCCUAUGCUAUCUUUAUUUGGUUGGGCGUGUUCUUCGGAGGGUGGACGGUUAUCUUCGCCUCCUUGCUACAUCGGUAUGGCCUGACAUUUUGUGAAAAUGAGGAGGAAAUGCUGUUUGACUUGUAG